AAUAUCUGUCUCUCAGGCCUCGUCGUCUACGAGUUCCUGAUCACCAUCGAUGGCGAGGUCAAUAUAGUCUGGAAGAGACCUAUCACUGCAUCCGCCGUGCUCCUUGGUUCAGUAAGAUGGUGCUUACUCCUCUCGAUUGUCCUGCAGCUGGUUCCGGCAACUCCGGAUGUA